UAGCUGUUCACGGAAUGGGAGGGGCAAGAUGGCGGCGCCCAGCAGGCGGUGAGGGACAAGAAAGCCUAGCUGACCUCUGCAAGUAGUCGGCGGCUUUUCGCAUAAUGACUGCCGGUCCUCAUGCACGUUCCUCACUAGCCUUGACAGGCCAGGUAGGAGCAUGUAUCUGUCACCUAAAAAGAAGAACCAUGCAGCAGACACCUCAUAGACUUAUACAUCUUUUAAGGAAUAUUAAUAAACAAUGGAUUACAUUUCAGCACCUUAAUUUCCUCAAGCACGUGUAUGUGAUGCAGUUGAACAGAAAACUCUACCAGCAAGUAAAACCCAAGCCAGAACCAAAGACAUCUCACUUCCUUGAGAAAACAUCUUUAAGUCAAGCCAAAACAGUUGUUCAUGAGAUCAGAUCAAUUUCACUUCCCAACCUACCUUUGUCUAAAAUUUCAAAUCAGAAGGAGUUGAAAGAAUUAGAAACUACAUCAAUAGUUGAAAGCUUAGGAGGAAUGGGGACAGAGUCCAAAGAUGAAAAGCAGUGGAAAGAAAUGAAACUACAAUUGGAUGACUUACCAGGAAUUUUGGCUCGGCUAUCCAAAAUCAAACUUACAGCUUUAGUCGUAAGUACAGCUUCAGCUGGAUUUGUGUUGGCUCCAGUACCUUUUGACUUAUAUUGUUUUCUGCUCGCCUCUGUUGGAACAGGCCUUGCAUCUUGUGCAGCUAACGCCAUUAAUCAGUUCUUUGAGGUUCCAUUUGAUUCAAAUAUGAACAGAACAAAGAACAGACCUCUCGUUCGAGGACAGAUCAGUCCUCUGCUAGCUGUAUCUUUUGCUACAUGCUGUGCCAUUCCAGGAAUCUCACUCCUGACUUGGGGGGUAAAUCCACUCACAGGAGUUUUGGGUGCUUUCAACAUUUUCCUGUACACCUGCUGUUAUACACCUAUGAAAAGGAUUAGUAUUGCCAACACGUGGGUGGGAGCCCUCGUUGGAGCCAUCCCACCAGUCAUGGGCUGGACUGCAGCUACUGGUAGCCUUGAUGCUGGAGCAUUACUACUGGGUGGAAUCCUCUACUCCUGGCAGUUUCCUCAUUUCAAUGCUCUAAGCUGGGGCCUUCGAGAAGAUUAUUCCCGGGGAGGCUACUGUAUGAUGUCCGUCACUCAUCCUGCCAUGUGCAAGCGAGUGGCCUUACGCCACUGCCUGGCUUUAAUUGCACUGUCAGUGAUGGCCCCCAUAUUGAAAGUCACCACAUGGACCUUUCCCAUCAUCUCUUUCCCAAUCAACUUAUACAUUUCCUACCUUGGUUUUCGGUUUUACAAGGAUUCAGACCGAAUCAGCUCUAGGAAACUGUUUUUCUGUAGCCUCUGGCAUUUACCAUUACUCUUGCUCCUUAUGCUCACUUGUAAGCAGUCAUUUGUUGUGGAAAAUGAUAAAUGGGAACUUAACAGCUGAAAUCAAAUAACUUUUCUAGAAAAUUGAGCUAUGGAGUAACAUGCAUUUUUGCUAUCAACAUUUUUGCUACCAGAAAGUGUAGUACAGGGAUUAACUGUUUUUAGUAAGUUGAUAUUCUAAAAUAAUCUUUCACACUUAUAAAUGAUGCUAUAGUAACAUAUAUGUAUAUGUGUAUAUAUGUUUAUCUAUACACAUAUCCUGAAAUACGGGCAAUUGAUAUAUGCAUGGUACGUACGCAUAUAUUUUUAUAGAUAUUGAUCAAAAAAAUUCCUUGUGGGGGAAUUGGUCAGCUUAAAGAAUUAGUAUUUUUUUUUUUGGCUAGGCAAUGGGGUUAAGUGACUUGCCCAGGGUCACACAGCUAGUAAGUCUCAAG